CUGACCAAUCAGCGUUAGGCGGUAAGUUUCAAAACACAAAUGGCGACGGAGAGAACUGAAGCUCUUCUGGAAAGGACUGACCCUUCCUUUCUGAAAUCAUGCAACACCAGCGAGCUGCAGGAAACAGGAGAGGGAGAAAUGAUGGCUCCUUAUCUGAUGGACUGCAGGCGAAAACAGAAGCAUGUAUUCAGGCAGCUGUGUGUGCUGGUUGACAUGAUCCAGCUGCUGGCUGGUCUGGAGUCAGUGGAUCAGCUGCUCAAUAAGCCUUGUCCCCAAAACCCAGGUAAUGGAGCUCGUUCUGCAUGGAAGUCUUUAAAAGCCGAAUAUCUGGAGAGAGUUCAGGAGGUGGAGCGGAUGAUCAGCACUCUCCGGGAUCGCAUGGAGGAGCUUCAGGGGAAACGGGAGACACUGGAGACUCUACUGUCUGCUCUGCAGAUAAAGAAGGAGGAGUGCAAAGAGAAGGAGAGAAUCACAGCUAAACGAAAUCAGAGAGCUGAGAAACAAAUCAGCUUUCAGUUGGAAGAUUUCAUCCAGGCCGCCCAAAACUCGAUCAGUGCAUGUGAUGUGCAGUUUUCUAAGCUCAAGGAUGAGGUUGAAAAGCAGCAGGCUCGAAUUAGUGACUGGACAAUAUUAAGAGAUGGGCUGCAGACCUUGGUCAGCGUGACUCACAGAAACAUGGCGUACAGGCUGCUGUCAGUCAGUUCCUCUGAGCUGUGCAUUGAGCUCUUGCCUCGUGCUGCUCAAAGAUCACUUGAGCCCCUGCGUGUCUCCAUCACCAUGACAACCAGUGAUGAAUUUCGUCUUCAGGUGUUUCAGGGAACUGCUGGUCUUGUGGAGGAGGCAGUGUAUGGUCGUCUAAGGCAAGUGAGCGCCGCCCUUGUGGAGGUCCUGGAGCGGUACAUAAGUCAAGGAGAGAUGCUGUCUGAGAUUCAGGCUCUGCACUCCAGGUUUGCAAUUGAUUGGUGUCCUGCUGAAAAGCUUCUGAUCUUUCUCAAGACUGCGACCACCGUAUGUCACCUGAGGGUUGAGGAGGGAUACCCAUCACACGGCCGAGCUACUCUCCUGUCUGUGAGGAAAGACGGCAGUCUGCUUGAUAUCCCCCAUCUACAGCCCCCAGUGCAACAUCCUGUUCUGACAGAGUGGCUUGAGUUUCUCUCCUCCAAUCCGAUCAUCUGACAUCACAAGAUGUACCCCAGGCCAGAUCCUCCGGUUAGACUUCAUCAUCCCUCACAGGCAUGGACACCAUAGUGAAAUCCGGAAGCCACGUCGCCACACACUUUGCACAGCAACACCAUUCCAUUCAGCUCUGGAUGGAAAGUCAGAUGUUAAAAUCCUUCUCCUGGAUACCAUACUAUACAUUAAUC